CUGCCCUUCUUCAUCGCUUCGUUUACAACUGCCGCCUUAAACAUGCCAAGAUAUUGAUUCGCACGGGACCACUUACAGCAAGUGAACUGCUCAUCGCCGAGCGCUCGCUUAUACGGCUCGGUCAACGGGAAAUGUACCCUGACGAGAUCGCUGCCCUCCAGAAAAUCCAAAAUUCGGACUCAAGCACAAACACCGUUUUGAAAACAAGCCCACUCUACCAACUAACACCAUGGUUAGACGAAUACGGAGUUAUGCGCAUGCGGACGCGUAUUGCUGCCUGUCAGUACGCCACUAAUGACGCAAAGCAGCCGGUUAUUCUACACCAAAAACAUCACACCACCACUCUACUAAUAGCACACUACCACCUCAAAUACCAUCACCAAAACCAUGAAACCGUCAUAAACGAAAUACGGCAGAAGUACCACAUCGCUCAUCUCCGCGCCCGUUACCAGCAAGUCAGGAAGGCCUGCCAACGGUGCAAGAACCAGCACGUUUCGCCUAGUCCACCGUUCAUGGCCGAUCUUCCACCAGCUCGCCUUGCUGCCUUCUCACGACCGUUCACUCAUACGGGGAUGGACUACUUCGGGCCGAUCGAGGUCGUCGUGGGGCGAAGAAUCGAAAAGCGUUGGGGAAUGUUAGCCACCUGCCUGACGGUGCGAGCAAUCCACAUCGAGGUUGUGUAUUCGCUAAGCACAAGCUCAUGCAUAAUGGCGAUUCGCAAUUUCAUUAACCGCCGCGGCACCCCGCAAAGAAUAUACAGUGACCGUGGCACAAACUUCGUGGGUGCAAAUCGAGAGCUGAGGCAGCUCAACGACGCACUCAAUCAACAGGAGCUGAUGAAAGAGUUUGCUAGGAAUGGUAUAGAAUGGACGUUCAACCCACCACUAUCGCCGCACAUGGGCGGCAGCUGGGAGCGACUCAUCCGCACCGUUAAAAAUAACCUGGUGACAGUCUGCUCCGUGAAAAGACCAUCCGACGAAGUCCUUCGCAACCUGCUAUCGGAAGUAGAAAACACCGUUAACUCACGUCCACUGACACACGUGCCGAUAGACGAGGAUUCGGGCCCGGCGCUUACGCCGAAUGAUUUCUUGCUCGGCUCGUCCAAUGGCUCGAAACCGCUUAGUAUUCUCGACGACAGCGGUGCCAUCCUUCGGCAGAAUUGGUGCACGUCGCAGGUUCUAGCGAACCAGUUCUGGAAACGCUGGGUAUCGGAUUACCUGCCUGAGAUUACUCGCCGCACUAAGUGGUUUCGUCACUCGAAACCGAUCGCUGUGGGCGACAUAGUUGUCAUCACCGAUAAUAGCAUGCCCCGUAACUGCUGGCCGAAAGGAAAGAUCAUCAAUACUAAGGUUAGCAAGGAUGGUCAGGUUCGUUGUGCAACAGUGAGAACAGCCAAUGGAGUUUACGAGCGUCCGACAUCGAAGCUCGCCGUGCUAGACGUCCGGUGCGACGGAGAGUAAGCCAACCUGGGGUUGGCGUACCCUGGGGGGAGUGUUGGCCACACUGGCCUUUCCGCACCUUCCAUCAACCCAUUGGUCGCGGAUGCUGGAGAAAUGUUGACAGUAUCUUUCAACGGACCUAAACGCUAUCUAGAUAGUCUAUAUAGAAACGAUAAAGGAUUAUAAGGCAAACUAAACGCAAAUUAUAUUCUCCCUCUACAUUGGAUCGUGCGUUUUAUUCGCUUCCGGCGGAGAAUUAUAAUUUUGGAUAUCGCCGUUGAA